CUUAAAAAAAAAUAUCAGAAAAACUAGGACUCGGCGGCUGCCCCGCUCGCCAACCACCGCCUCCGGCCGCGCCGCCAUGGCGCUGCUCGUGCGCGCGCGGCUGUCUUCGCUCGACGACGACGACGACGACGCGGCCACGGGGUCCUCGCUGUCCUCGGCCCCGUCCUCCCCGCCGCUCCCGCCGCACCCGGCGUCCCCGCCGCUGCGCGCGCGCGCCGCGGUCCUCGGCGCCCCGCGCGUCGCGGCGCAGCUCUCAUCUGCCGAAGAUGACGCCAGCGACUCGUUCGACGGCGCCACCAGCUCCGGGGAGGACGCGGAGCUGGUGGAGGAGGUCUCCAACGGCUUCUUCUUCACCGUCGCCCGGGUGGCCCCGCCCCCUCCCGAGGGCGCCAGCCCGGUCUCUGGUGGCGACACGGUGGGGGCCGCCGGUGCGCCCGAGAGCGGGGGCAAUUUCGGCGCCGCGGAGGGGUCGCUGGAGGAGAGCUUCAUGGGUGCCAGUAACGUCUUGGAAGUGCUGGACGCCGGCACAAGGAGCAGAUUGGACGGUGCCAUUGCGGAUGGCAACGAUACUACGGGCGUCGAGGGUUCAUUCGAUGGGAGCUUCCAGAGUUCCCGGAGUGUCCUCGGCACGCUGGAUGGCGAGGAGGCUGCUGAAUCAGGUGAUCUGGUCGAUGCUACGGAUGUUGCUACCCUGAUGGAUGAUGAGCAGGGGGAGCAGGAUGCUGGUUUCGAGGCUGUCAACGAUGUGGCUCCUGAACCUUUCAUGCCUGUUGCUGGGGUCGAUGACCUGCGUGUCGUGGAUGCUUUGGGGGGGAAGGGCGUGUCUGAUCAUGAGGUUGGUGAAUUGCUUGCUGUUCUCAGUGCUACAGAAGGACAGGAUGCUGGUGUUGGACUUGGCAAUGAUAAUUCUGAUGCAAAAGGUAGUACAGCCAGGUACGAGGCUGUCCUGGAUGUUGAAGAUGCUAGUCCUGAAUAUGUUGCAACAAGAGAUGCCACAUAUGACGUCAUGGAAGUUUCCAUUGCAGAUGGUGGUCAUACUAUAGUAGAUGAGGAAGCUGAUGGUGAUGAUGAAGCUUCUGAUGAUCUUACAUCCAUGCCAAUCUCUGCAAGUGACGAUGCUGUGGAACAUCUUAUGAAAGCAUUGGAGGACAAUGUGCCUACUUCCAAAGGCACACACUUUGGUGUGGAUGGCUCAGAUGAUAUGGAGAUAAAUGCGGAUGAUGAAUAUGAAGAGGAGGUGAAUGGUAAGGAAAUUGAGCUUUUUGAUUAUGCAGCUCUAGUUGAACUUCUAAGGGCCGCGAACAUCUCUAUGGGAGAAGGCAAUGCCAAAGUUGUUCCAGUUGAAUCUUCUGAGCCCAAACAUCUGCCGCCCACGGUAGCCAGCAUUCCUAGGACAGACGUGGCUUCUACUCCUGUGCUAGAAGUAACUGCUGACCCCGAGAAAGGGAUGACUGAUGAGGAAAAGAAGAUAUACAGAAAGGUGGACAUGGCACGAAUCAAGUACAUGCGUCUCAUUCAUAGAUUGGGGUAUGAUACUAAUCAUCUAGUACCAGUACAAGUGUUGUAUCGACUUAGUCUUGUUGAAGGUUUCAGGCGCGUACGCAUGUCAAACCAUUCCUCUGAGCUCGAGAACGCCUGGAAGAGGGCUUUGCAGCUUGAGGCAGAGGGAAUUGAGGAACUUGAAUUCUCAUGCAAUGUUUUGGUCCUUGGGAAGACUGGGGUGGGGAAGAGUGCAACAAUAAACUCCAUCUUUGGUGAAGAUAAAUCCAAAACAAAUGCUUUUCUACCAGCAACAUCAUCUGUGAAGGAGAUUGCUGGAGUUGUUGAUGGUGUCAAGUUUCGAGUCAUUGACACCCCUGGACUUGGGACUUCAGCCAAGGAUGAAAAAUCAAAUAGGAAAGUGCUCAAUUCUAUUAAGAAGUAUAUAAAGAGAUGCCCUCCUGAUAUUAUUCUGUAUGUCGAUCGGAUUGAUACCCAGCGACAGGAGGCAAAUAGCCUAUUCCUCUUGCACCAUAUUACCAGUGUGCUAGGCCUGUUAAUAUGGUCCAGAGCAAUUAUUACUCUCACUCACUCAGGAGCAGCUCCCCCUGAAGGCCCUAGUGGUUCGGCAAUGAACUAUGGUAUGGUUGUGACUCAUCGAACUCAUGCAAUUCAGCAAAGCAUCCGACAGGUCACCAAUGAUCCUCAAAUCGAGAAUCCAGUGGCUCUUGUGGAGAACCAUCAUCUCUGUCGGAGGAACUCAGAGGGUGAAAAGGUGCUUCCUGAUGGCCUUACUUGGAGGCGUCUGCUCCUCCUCCUAUGCUAUUCAAAGAAGAUGAUUGCUGAGAUUGACAGUCUCGCAGCCCGCCGUUCUUCUCCUGCAAGUUUAUUAGGUCGCUUUUUUCAAGUGCCUGCACUUCCUUACUUCCUAUCAUCUCUGUUGCAAUCUAGAGAGCACCCUAGGAGUUCUAAUGACCAUUAUGUUGGGAGUGUGGACACAGAUUUUGAUCCAGAUGAAUUGUUGAAUGAGAAUCAAGAGGAUGAAGAAGAUGAUUAUGAUCAUCUUCCUCCCUUUAAGCCACUAGGUAAAUCCCAGGUUGCAAAACUCUCCAAGGAGCAACAGAAGUUGUAUUUUGAUGAAUAUGAUUACCGAACUAAGCUUCUUCAGAAAAAGCAGUUGAAGGAACAGCUCAGAAGAUUUAAGGAAAUGAAGGAGGGCAAUAACAAUGAUGCACCUUCUGACGAUGAUCAUCCUGAUGAUGAAUUUGAUACAGAUAGAUCUCCGAUGCCAGACUGGGCCUUGCCAUCAUCAUUUGACUCCGAUGAUCCUGUGUACCGUUAUCGGUGCCUGGAGCCUACACCGAACCUUCUGGUGCGUGCUGUUAACAACCCUGAUGGAUGGGAUCAUGAUUGUGGUUUUGAUGGUGUGAGCGUCCAAAACAGCCUUGAUGUUGCUAACAAGUAUCCAGCUUCUCUGUGGGUUCAAGUUAACAAGGACAAGAGAGAGUUCACCAUUCAUUUGGAUUCCUCCAUGUCAGUUAAGCAUGGAGAUCAUGCCUCGAGCCUUGCAGGCUUUGACAUCCAAACAAUUAUGGACCAGCUUGCUUACACUCUCAGAGGGGAGACUAAAUUCAAGAACUUCAAGAGAAACAUCACUACUGGCGGUUUAUCCAUGACAUUUUUGGGAAAUACCAUGGUGACUGGAGCAAAAUUUGAAGACAAGCUUUCAGUUGGUAAGAGGUUAACACUGUUAGCUAACACUGGUGCUGUGUCCAUGGGUGGUGAUGCUGCAUAUGGGGUGACUAUGGAGGCAACUCUGCGUGAGAAAAGUUAUCCUUUAGGUCAAGGGCUUGCAACUUUGGGUGCAUCUUUAGUAAGGUGUCGUCAAGAGAGGACCAUGGCUGCACACUUGGAUUCCCAGUUCUCUGUUGGGAGGACUUCAAACAUGGCAGUUCGUGUUGAGGUAAACAACAAACUAACUGGACAUGUGAGCAUCAAGGCCAACACUUCAGAACAGCUGAAGAUUGCCCUUUUAGGUAUCUGUUCAGUGACAAUGUAUUUAUGGAACAAGAUGCAUCAUGGUGCUGAUCCUGAUGCUUAGUAGCACUGGUUAGUAAGACAAUUUUGUACCCUAACAUUUGUAUCCUUUUCCUGUUCCUUCUGCUGGGUUUCUACUUGUCCGUUCUUAAACUACUGUUGAAGCUUCUCAGCUGUACAAAAUCAACCUGUUCCCUGUGUGCUUCUUACUACCAUUGGCUAUCGUAAUUCAUGUCAGUAGUUAGGCUGUUAUAUUAUGUUGAAUUGUCUAGUUGUUGGUUAUCAGUCACAUGAUUGCCCCUGUUCAUUUAAUCUGUUUGACUCACAAAAGUGCAUAUAGAUGGCAAAUAUCCAAGAACAAUCAUUACAUCACUCCUAUGUGAACCACUUAUGAAUCCCAUAACAUUCUAAAUCCACCUUCUCCCCUUCAGAAUUCAGAUUGUAUUCUGUUGAUAGGGUCUUAUUUGGCACUUUCUUGUUCCAGAUAAACAGUUGCAAUAAGUUUGCAUGAAUACAUGUUUGAAAGUAAAAACUACAUGAUUAAAAGGAACAUCCUUGUCAGUGUGCUUAUAGUAUUAUAGUAGCAAUAGCUGGCAACAUGUAUUUUAACCAGUGAAAUUCUUCAGUCACAACACUGGGAUAUCAUUGCCUUGUGAAUAACGUCAUAGAAAGUUUGACUGGCGGUGUUUGAACCCCAGACCAAACCCAGACAUUAAGACACUCUUCACUGAUCACUCUUGUGCUGCUCCUUCCAAUGGAGCAAGAGCUCCUCCGCCUGCCAAUGGGCCCCUUGUUGGAUCCAUCCCUAAGUCAGCUGGAUUUCCACCAAUGGGUGCUCAUGCUCCUUCUCUCACCCCAACAAGACUCUAUCUAUCAUUACAUGUGGGUACGACAAACUCAUUAAGGUGUGGGAUGCUCAAACAGCAAAAGCAAUAUACGUUUGAAGGUCAUGAAGCUCCAGUUUAUUCUGUAUGCCCGCACUACAACGAGUCCAUUCAGUUUAUCUUCUCUACUGCCAUUGAUGGAAAAAUCAAGGCAUGGUUAUAUGAUUGCUUGGGCUCAAGAGUUGACAAUGAUGCUCCUGGACAUUGGUGUACUACUAUGGCUUACAGUGCUGAUGGGGCAAGGCUCUUCUCUUGUGGUACUAGUAAAGAAGGCGAUUCUCACUUGGUUGAGUGGAAUGAAACUGAAGGGGCUACUAAUAGGACAUACAAUGGUUUCAGAAAAAGUUCGCUCGGUGUUGUUCAGUUCGACACAACCAGAAACCGCUUCUUGGCCGCUGGAGAUGAAUUUCUUGUUAAAUUCUGGGACAUGGAUAGCACCAACAUACUAAUAACAGUAGAUUGUGAUGGUGGACUUUCUGCAAGCCCUCGUUUGAGAUUCAAUAGAGAAGGCUCAUUACUCGCUAUUACAAGAAGUGAUAAUGGGAUAAAAUACUUGCCAACACUGAUGGGCAGCGGUUGCUUAGGAUGCUCGAGAGUAGAGCAUUCGAGGGCUCUAGAGGACCUCCUCAACAAAUAAAUACCAAGCCUCCAAUUGUUGCCUGACCGGCCUAUAGCAGUGAAUGCCGAGCGGCCUGACCGGAUAUUGCCUGCAGUGUCAAUGAGUGGCUUGAUAAGUUCUUUCUGCCAUGCUGUCCUCUCUUGCUGUUCAUUAUGUAGGUUUGCUAAAGUUAAAGAAACCACAGGCACCUAUGGACGCUAGCAGAACUCCAGAUGUUAAACCGAGAAUAACAGAUGAAUCUGAAAAAGUCAAAAUCUGGAAGUUGGCUGACGUUGUGGAUAAUGGACAUCUUCGAGCCCUGCAUUUGUCAGACACGGACAUGAACCCAAGCAAGGUUGUCCGUUUGUUAUAUACAAAUAAUGGGAUUGCACUGUUGGCUCUUGGCUCCAAUGCUGUUCAUAAGUUGUGGAAAUGACUAAGGAGUGACAGAAAUCCUAAUGGCAAGUCUACUGCAUCUGUUGCACUUGCACCUCAAUUGUGGCAACCUGCAAAUGGGAUUCUGAUGACAAAUUACACUAAUGAUGGCAACCCGGAAGAAGCAACUGCUUGCAUUGCACUGUCAUGACUACUUUCAUGGCUCCACCUGCUGCAACUUUCCUUGCAUUCCACCCACAAGACAAUAAUAUCAUUGCUAUUGGAAUGGACGACUCUACCAUUCAAAUCUACAAUGUCCGCAUUGAUGAUAACUCCCAAGAUCCAACCAUUCAGAGGUUGGCUAGCACACCAUUUUCCUACCAGCUCGUGAUUAAAGGAGGGGAGAUGGAUGCAAACUGCAAACUCUGGGAACUUGCUAGGAAUGGAAGUUGAGCCAUCACUUUCUUUCAAGAAUCAAGAUAAGUGUAGCUGUGCUACCGUUUCUUUUUUUUUUAAGUUAAGCACGCAGUUGGUGGCCAACUUCAUGAGUGACUCAACUUUUUUGUUUUGUCAAAAAUUGUAACUUGAAACACAACUGGUAAAUUUUUAAUAUGAAAAAGUUACUGUCA